CACCUCAAUCAAUCCACAAAGCCAACCAAGAAGAAAAAGGCAAGAAGCGUUUCGUUUCGUGUGGGAAGAGGAGAAGAGCAAGGCGAUGAGCUUGAGGUACAUGAGCCGGGUGGGCGCGCGGGCGGCGCAGGCGGUGCGGGAGAGCACCGGCAGGUCCGUCAAGGACAAGGCGCAGUCGGCCUCGUCGUCGGCGUCGAUGGCGAGGAGCGGCAGGGCGGCCGGGGCGUCGGUGGACUCAGGCAGGGUGAGCGCCGCGGCGGCGGCGAGGAGGAAGGCGGAGGAGGAGAAGCGGCGGCGGGCGGAGCAGGCGCUGCGCACCGUCAUGUUCCUCUCCGUCUGGGGGCCCAACACCUAGAAGUAGCAGAGCAUCUCACUCUUGUGUGUGAUAGUUUCAGGGUGUCUUGCAAUGCCUAGCGUUGUGCACGUUUCUGUUUAAGUUGAAGGGAAAAAAAUGUAAAUGAUCUAUAUGUGGACACAUCGAUACUUCGAUUCUUGGAAAAGCUGGUUUAUUGUUGAUUUCAA